GAAAAGUACUCCUCUUUGAAUGGCAGGACCUGCACGAUGUGGAGCCUCAGUUUUCUCCUCUUUUGGGGGUGUUGUGGUAUAUACACCUGGGGAAUGCUCACAUUACCCUCACUGGGAUCAAUGACAAGGCAUGAGCGGCCACGGCGGUCGUCGUCGAAUGUUGAUGUGAAUGGGUGUGUAGAUACCACCUUGUGUCCAGCGUAUGCAACCUGCACCAACACUUCAACAAGUUACUACUGCGCUUGCAAAAGAGGUUUCCUGUCCAGCAAUGGACUGAAGACAUUUAAGGGCCCAGGAGUGGAAUGCAGAGAUAUAGAUGAAUGCUCUCAAAGGCCCACACCAUGUGGCCCUAACUCAAUCUGCAGAAAUCUGCCUGGGAGAUAUAGGUGCAGCUGUAUGACUGGUUUCUCUUCUCCCACUGGAAAUAACUGGAUCUCAGGAAAGCGAGGCCGUUUCACCUGUAGAGAUGUGGACGAAUGUGCCAAUCCCAGAAGUUGCCCAGAGCAUUCGACUUGCCACAACAGUGUUGGAAGCUACUCUUGUGGCUGCAACCCAGGUUUUCAAUCCAGAAGUGGAAGGAAAAGUUUCCAGGGUCGAGGAGAGAUGUGUGAAGAUGUGGACGAAUGUGCCAAUCCCAGAAGUUGCCCAGAGCAUUCGACUUGCCACAACAGUCUUGGAAACUACUCUUGUGUCUGCAACUCAGGGUAUAUAUCCAGAAGUGGAAAGAAGAGUUUCCAGGGACCAGGGGAGACAUGUCAAGAUGUGGACGAAUGUGCCAAUCCCAGAAGUUGCCCAGAGCAUUCGACUUGCCACAACAGUCUUGGAAACUACUCUUGUGUCUGCAACUCAGGGUAUAUAUCUAGAAGUGGAAAGAAGAGUUUCCAGGGACCAGGGGAGAUAUGUCAAGAUAUAAAUGAAUGUUCUCAAAGGCCCCCACUUUGUGGUCCUAACUCAAUCUGCAGAAACCUUCCAGGAAGAUAUGAGUGCAGCUGUUUGACUGGUUUCUCUUCUCCCACUGGAAAUAACUGGACCUCUGGAAAGCCAGGUCAUUUUGCCUGUACAGAUGUGGAUGAAUGUGCCAAUUCCAGAAGUUGCCCAGAGCAUUCGACUUGCCACAAUAGUCUUGGAAGCUACUCUUGUGUCUGCAACCCGGGUUUUCAAUCCAGAAGUGGAAGGAAAAGUUUCCCAGGGCAAGGAGAGAUGUGUGAAGAUGUGGACGAAUGUGCCAAUCCCAGAAGUUGCCCAGAGCAUUCGACUUGCCACAACAGUCUUGGAAACUACUCUUGUGCCUGCAACCCAGGAUAUAUAUCCAGAAGUGGAAAGAAGAAUUUCCAGGGACCAGGGGAAACAUGUCAAGAUAUAAAUGAAUGUUCUCAAAGGCCCCCACUUUGUGGUCCUAACUCAAUCUGCAGAAACCUUCCAGGAAGGUAUGAAUGCAGCUGUUUGACUGGUUUCUCUUCUCCCACUGGAAAUAACUGGACCUCUGGAAAGCCAGGUCAUUUUGCCUGUACAGAUGUGGAUGAAUGUGCCAAUCCCAGAAGUUGCCCAGAGCAUUCGACUUGCCACAACAGUCUUGGAAGCUACUCUUGUGUCUGCAACCCGGGUUUUCAAUCCAGAAGUGGAAAGAAAAGUUUCCAGGGGCGAGGAGAGAUGUGUGAAGAUGUGGACGAAUGUGCCAAUCCCAGAAGUUGCCCAGAGCAUUCGACUUGCCACAACAGUCUUGGAAACUACUCUUGUGUCUGCAACUCAGGAUAUAUAUCCAGAAGUGGAAAGAAGAAUUUCCAGGGACCAGGGGAGACAUGUCAAGAUGUGGACGAAUGUGCCAAUCCCAGAAGUUGCCCAGAGCAUUCGACUUGCCACAACAGUCUUGGAAACUACUCUUGUGUCUGCAACUCAGGAUAUAUAUCCAGAAGUGGAAAGAAGAGUUUCCAGGGAGCAGGGGAGACAUGUCAAGAUAUAGACGAAUGCUCUCAAAGGGCCCCAACUUGUGGUCCUAACUCAAUCUGUAGAAACCUGCCAGGAAGGUAUGAGUGCAGCUGUUUGACUGGUUUCUCUUCUCCCACUGGAAAUAAUUGGAUCCCUGGAAAGUCAGAUCAUUUUACCUGCACAGAUGUGGAUGAAUGUGCCAAUCCCAGAAGCUGCCCAGAGCAUUCGACUUGCCACAACAGUCUUGGAAGCUACUCUUGUGUCUGCAACACAGGAUAUGAAUCCAGAAGUGGAAAGAAGAAUUUCCAGGGACCAAGAGAGACAUGUGAAGAUGUGGACGAAUGUUCCAGGAACUCAACUCUUUGUGGUCCCAAUUCUGUCUGCACCAACAUCCCAGGAAAAUACAGUUGCUCCUGCUUGCCAGGGUUCUUUUCACCUGGAGUGUGGAGCCCUGAAAAGCCUGAGGCUUUCAAGUGUGCAGAUGUUGACGAGUGCCUUGACAGGUGCCUUUUCAAUGGGACAUGCACCAACACCCCUGGGAGCUAUUUCUGCACCUGCCACCCGGGCUUUGCACCAAGCAAUGGACAACUCAACUCCAAAGAUCAAAAGGCAGACUGCAUAGAUAUCGAUGAGUGCCUUCAGGAUCCCUCACGAUGUGGCCCAAACUCUGUCUGCACCAACACCCUGGGCUCCUACAGCUGUGGCUGCAUUGUAGGUUUUCAUCCCAAUCCAGAAGGCUCCUGGAAACAUGGCAACUUCAGCUGCCAAAGAGGGAUUCCCUUCAAGUGUAAAGAUGAUGUGAUAGGCAACAACAUGCAGGUCCAGUUAUGCCACGUGGGAGCAGCAGUGGAGCCUAAAUAUGUUUCCUUUUGUGCACUGAUGAAUGACACCCUCAGCGUUCUGGACAAUGUCUGUAAAAACAAAACCACUGUCGUCUCUCUGAAGAAUACAGCUAAGAAAUUUGCCUCUGUGAUUGAAAACACAUCCAAGUGGUCCAACUUCACCAAAGAAGAGACCUCUACGCUGGCCACAGUCUUGCUGGAGAGCGUGCAAAGCACCACGUUGGCAGCUUUUCUGAAACCCUCAGCGAAUGUCAGUCAGACUAUUCAGACGAAACAUUUAGAUAUUGAGAGCAAAGUGAUCGACAAAGAAUGCACUAAGGAGAAUGAGACAUUUAAGUUGAAAGCAAAAGGGGAUGAAAUGAAGAUUUGGUGUUCCACAAUCAAAGAAUCGGAAUCCACAGGGAUCAACGGGGUGGCUUUCGUUUCCUUUGCGGCCAUGGAGUCUAUUUUGGAUGAGCGCUUCUUCCAAGAUCUUCAGAUCCCCUGGGCCAACUCCAAGAAGAAGCUGAAGAUGAAUUCUCGCGUUGUUGGGGGCAUCAUAACAGGAGGGAAGAAAGACGGGUUCUCUAAACCAGUCAUCUACACUCUGGAGAACAUCAAGCCAAAGCAGGAUUUUGAGAGUGCUAUCUGCGUUUCCUGGAGACCGGAUGUGGAGGGAGGCAGAUGGACACCAUCAGGCUGUGUGCUCCUUGAAGCUUCCAAGACGCAUACUGUCUGUGGCUGUAAUCGAAUGGUGAACUUGGCCGUCAUCAUGGCUUCUGGGGAGGUCACGAUGGAGUUCACCCUGUACCUCAUUAGUCAUGUGGGCACGAUCAUCUCACUGGUGUGUCUUGCCGUGGCCAUCAUCACCUUCCUUCUGUGUCGUACCCUCCGAAACCAGAACACCUACAUCCACCUGCACCUCUGCAUAUGCCUCUUCUUGGCCAAGAUACUGUUUCUCACUGGUGCGGACAAGACAGACAACCAGAUGGGCUGCGCCCUCAUCGCAGGCUUUCUGCACUACCUCUUCCUUGCGUGCUUCUUCUGGAUGCUGGUGGAGGCUGUGGUGCUCUUCCUUAUGGUCAGGAACCUGAAAGUGGUGAAUUACUUCAGUUCUCGAAACGUCAAGAUGCUGUAUCUCUGCGCCUUUGGCUAUGGGCUCCCAGGGCUGGUGGUGGCUGUCUCUGCUGGCUUACAACCGCAUGGUUAUGGGAUGUAUAAUCGCUGCUGGCUGAAUACAGAAACAGGGUUCAUCUGGAGCUUCCUGGGGCCAGUGUGCACAAUUAUAGUGGUCAAUUCCAUCCUCCUGACUUGGACACUAUGUAUCCUGAGGCAGAAGCUUUCUAGCAUCAAUUCGGAAGUCUCCACACUCAAAGACACCAGGUUACUGACCUUCAAAGCCUUUGCCCAGAUCUUCAUCUUGGGGUGCUCCUGGGUGUUGGGCAUUUUCCAAAUUGGACCCGUGGCCAAUAUCAUGGCUUAUCUGUUCACCGUCAUCAACAGCUUGCAGGGGGCCUUCAUCUUCCUCAUUCAUUGUCUGCUCAGCCGCCAGGUACGGGAAGAAUAUAGAAGAUGCAUGGCCAGGAAGACCAAACCCAGCUCUGAGACCCAGACCUCAGGGAUCGUACUGUCAUCCGUUCCCUCCACUUCCAAAACGGGUUGAAGUCCCUUCUUGCUUUCAAAUACACAAUGGAAUAACAUCUCAGGAAAGCAGGUGCCUGCAGAAGCCUUCUCUGAAAUCUCUUCUCAGCUUAAUGUGGAAAUGCAGUAUCUCGCCAGCCCUAGAACUCUCUGGACAAUUUGGAUUAUGGAUGAUUGGGUGGGGUGGUCUUCCCAUGGCUUCCUGUCCUGGUGAGAAAAGAAGAGCUUCUGUUCCAGCUUACCAUUUUACUUUCCGUGUUCUGCAACUCUGACUUUUCAGAGUUUUGUGGAGACAACAGAUCUCAGUGCAAUGGCAGGACCAAGAACUUCUGGCUACCACUUUGAUUUGUCCUCAGUCCAUUGAUGUGUGGCUUUAAGCAUGCCUCUCCAGCUUCUAUCACAUGCUUCGCACACAGAGUAGCCCUCAAUAAAUGACUUGUUUUCUGA